UCUUUUCCGCCAAAGUGGCUAUGCUCAGUACUUAUUGCGUUGUCGUCUUGGUUAUUCAUUGUUAGUGGGAAAGUGUAACUCCGCUGUAACCAAGAGGAAGAAAUACAUACGGUUGUUACCGAAUCAUUAGCGAGUGCAGAUUAUUUCGUGUGUAGUGAUGCUUGUGCGUAUGCUGCAUCAACAGUUUCUCAGUGAUUGGUCCACCGAAAGGAGUUAGAUUUGGAACGCCAAUACUAGUACAUCGUGAGAUGGCUGAAGAAGAAGAAACCGGAAAGGAAUAUCGGUGGGAAACUGGAUAUGAAAAGACUUGGGAAGCAAUCAAGGAAGAUGAGGAAGGUCUUCUUGAAGGAUCUGUUGCGGAUAUCAUCCAAAGAGCAAAGAGACGAAGACAGGCAGACAGACGUGGAAAUGUUCGUCUUGGUAUGAUGAGACAUCUUUACCUAAUUGUUGACUUUUCAGAAGCAAUGUCAAAUCAAGAUCUGAAACCAACAAGACAUCUUUGUUCCAUUAAGCUCUUGGAAUCUUUCAUCGAUGAAUUUUUUGACCAAAAUCCAAUUAGUCAGCUUGGUAUAAUCAUAACAAGGAACAAGCGAGCUGAAAAAAUUACUGAACUUGCAGGCAAUCCAAGAAAACAUAUAAAGGCGGUAAGACAGCUUGCAGAAGCAACAUGCAGUGGGGAACCUUCUCUUCAAAAUGCUCUAGAACUGUCUCUGAGGUCUUUGCGUCUUCUGCCAUCCCAUGCAAGCAGAGAAGUCCUUGUUAUAUUUGGUAGCCUUACUACUUGUGAUCCUGGAGAUAUAACAGUCACCAUAGAGUCUCUGAAAAAGCAAGGUGUACGGUGCUCAGUAGUGGGCCUAGCAGCAGAAGUACACGUAUGUCGUCGCCUAAGCCGAGAGACUGGGGGUGAGUUUGGUGUUGUUCUCGAUGACUGCCACUACCGUGACCAACUUUUUAUGCAUGUUGAGCCACCACCAGCUGCAUCCUGCCUGGAAUCUUCACUUAUUAAAAUGGGCUUCCCACACCACACCACAGCAGAGGGGAAAGAAACUCCUCUCACCAUCUGCAUGUGCCAUUUAGAUGUACCAGCAGCAGAAGCCAAAGGUGUGAGCCAUAGUGGAGCAGGAUACUUCUGCCCUCAAUGUUGUAGUCGAUAUUGUGAACUGCCUGUUGAAUGCCGAGCAUGUGGGCUCACACUUGUCUCUGCACCUCAUUUGGCCCGUUCUUACCAUCAUUUGUUUCCUGUGGAAAAUUUUGUUGAAAUGGAACAAAAUCUUGAUCUUCACAAACAGUGCUACGCCUGUCAGAGGUCAUAUGGAGAUCAUGAUAAACAUGUGUAUGAGUGUGGACGUUGCAGCCAAGUGUUUUGUUUGGACUGUGACUUGUUUAUCCAUGAUACGUUGCAUACGUGUCCGGGAUGUGCUACAAAUCAACAGACUUUCCAUCUUAUGGGAAGCGGUGAUAAUGGAAGUUCACUUUCUGUGAAUUUAAUAUGAAUAAAGAUCGAGAUACUUGAUGCCUGA